AUGUCUAACAUGAAUGUUAUGUCGUCGCUUUCCGACACCCGCAAGUGGACAGGCAGAGUAGUCACGUGGGUCUUGUUGCUGCACCUGGUCUGCCUCAGUCAGGGUGGCGUGGUGCUGGACUUGCAGGCGGAGGACACUGUAGGCUACGACCCAGCCAACGCUCGCUGGCGCAGCAAUGCCAGCAACGCCAGGUCCGUGCUGCUGCAGCGAGACGGCGACUUCCUGCGCUUCGUCAUCUGCCUGCCCUCCGACAUGCAGGUGUUCGUGGAAGACGUCCGCUACUCUACUGACGGGUGGAGCAAGAUAGGCGCCAUUUUGGUGGAUGAACAAGAGACUGGAACUUUUGAGACAGCAGAUAAUUCCAACUUUGGGAACAGCUGGAACCUGUUUCACUCCUCCGGGUCCUUGACUGCCAGGUUUCUGAGCAAAGGCAAACACACCAUUGAUGUCAAACUGAAGAUGUCGAUGUCGUCAGAUCCUUGGGGGAUAGAGAUCGACGAAAUCAAGAUCGGAUUGAGCUCGGACCUCACUCGGCAAGAGGUGACAUGUGAAGAUCCAGAAAAGAGCUCCAGUGGUACUUCUGACUACGAAUCCAAUGUCUCUUAUACUCCAAAUGGUGAGAGCAGCCCCAGUACCAGCUACGCCAGUCCUAGCAGCGAGAGCCCCAGCAGCAUUGACAACAACCCGUCAAGUAGUGGCAGCACUCCCAUCAGCAGUGAAAGUAUCCCCAUCAGUAGCCACAGUACUCCUAGUAGCAGUGACGGCAACAACAAUAGUCCCAGCAGCAGCAAUGAGGGAAGCAGCAGCUCAAGUGGCACUACACCCACGACCACCCCAAGCGUUGUUUCCAGCAGCAGUCUCAGUGACAGCCACAUCAGCACCAGUACGGGGUCGACCGCUGCUCAGUGCCUAAACCCAGAGCAGUUCACCUUGGGAACUCCAGACUUCAUCGGCAAGCUGUCCUUGCGCAAGAACGGCUACUACGCAUGCUCUGAUGGCGAGUAUCGCCUUGACCUCUUUCCCCAGAGCCAGGUCACGGGUCUGACCAUCAACAUCUCCCGUCCUGCGCAGGGAGGAGACGGCUGCAAGUCGACUACAGCCCCAAUCCGGGUCCCUCGUUCCGAGAGGUCACGAAAAGUCGUUUUAGCUGUUGGAAAUGACAAUGCUAGAUACUCUUGCAGACAAGUUUCUGACCUUACCGACCUUACUAUCGACAGCUUCUCUUCCAUCGACCGCCUGAACGCAACUCUACCAGCCAGGGUGACCCCAGAGCGCUUAUCCUCCUUCUCCCUCAGGUUUUCCUUACCCGAGGAGACGGAAGCUGAGUCUGUUACCUUCUCUAUGAGAGUUUCAUGCCUCGGCAACAGUCGGAAGCAGCUGGAGCUUGACGUCACGCUUCAGGACGUGCAGAAUGGCAAUAUCAUCGUUAAAGGACCCAGGAUUGUCGAUUUGGAAGACGAGUCGGAAGGCAGAUUCACUCUGACCAUACCGGCUUCCCUCCGCGAGGCAAUGGUCAGCGUUCACUUUCCGGACGUAAAAACGACGUUCGUCAUGAAUUCCCUGGCUGUGGACUUCCUCCCUGCUGAGGUGAACAGAGGAAAGACCAAUGCAGCGGUUUCCAACGACCACUGGCUCGCUCCGGGCCUUAAACGCCAAGUUUUGUACGCUGACAACGGCGUCAGAGUGGAGGUCGUGAACGUCCCUGGAGCCAAGUCCAUGAAGAUCAAGAUGUCAGGAUCGCAGAAUGGCAACAGGAAAGAGAUUUCGGGCUCAAGGAUCCUCCUCUACAGCUCGCAAGAAGACGCUGGUUCUCUUCGCAUGGUUUUCGACCAGACCUCCCGGUGCUACUUCUUCCCAGAGUUGGAAGCCAACCGUCAGGUCUCCUUCUCCCUUGGUCAGCGUGACCUGGAGGUGGAAUCCCCAGACAGCGACAUCGAAGAGGUGGAAUUGAGCAGCACGGGUCGUGGCCGCUUGACCCUGACAUUGACCCGGACCCGUUACGUUCAACGGAGAGUUCACCUCACAUUUUUCGACCAGCUCACCAGCUUGUUUCUGGACGAUGUAAGGGACGUCAACGUGCAGAGAUACAUCUCAUACCAGACCUCGCUCUCCGCCAUCAUGCUGCCUUGUUCCGAUAACCGCCUGACCACUGACAUCGUCGUCAAGGCUGAUGAGACGGAUGGAGUUAGUGUUAACGAUCCCUGGAGAACGGUCACGGGCAAGGUCGUCCGAGUAACGAGGUCAUAACCCCGCUGUGCCACAUCCUCGACCUUCUUAACAGAUGCCAAUAACUCCUUAUCAAAAACUCGGUGCUUUCUAUGACAAUGUUUAGCUGGUAUGGCUGACUUUUUUUGAUUUUUGCAUAUGAACUUGCGAAAGUGGAUGAACGAAUAAUUUCAGAUACUUGCUCAACUGGCUGGGUGAAAGGACUGCUAUGCCUGUGUAAAAACAACGAAAGCAAAACAGGGUACCAUUAACAGCAGAACCGCUCAGGCAAGAAAAUUGUCUGCUGUUUCUUAUCCAGACUUUGAUUCAGACGACGACCUACAUAAAUCCCAUUAUUUUAUACAAAUGUUGCAAUUAAUUCCAACAUUUAACGAAAAAUUCAGACUUCUUGUGAUGAAUUAAUGGUUUUUGAAG